AUGGCCCUCGCUCGACUAUCAGUCUUCAGCGUACGCUCGGCAGUAAGCUCGACCUCGACGCCAAGCUCGCCGCCAUCAACCUCCCCCACCUCGCCCGUGUCAACGACCCCCUCGAUCGACUCGGUCGCGCAGUCCAUCCCCAGGCUCGACCUUAAAGUCUCCGAGCCGUUCCCGGGCACCGAGUGGCCCGACGACGCGCUCGCGGCCCAGCGCCGCCUCAUCGCCGUGAUUGACGGCGACCCAAUCUGGGUGCAGCUCCUCGGCGCGCCGUGGGUCGUCGGCAAGGCGCGCAGCAAGAACGGGCGCGUGGUGCGGCUUAUCUCUGGCGAGGGAGUCCGGGGCCACGACCUCAUCCGCCUCGCGCUCCAGCUGUCAAACACGCACAUCACGCGCCUCACCUACGGCGUGUGGUCUGCCCCAGUGGCGGCGGACGAGCUGAUCAUGCGCACGCUGGGCCGGCUGACCUCGCUGCGGACGCUCAACAUCCGGCACAUGGGCGACCUGCAGCAGCAGCGCCAACAGCUGGAGCCGGGACAGCAGCCCCCGCCACAGCAACAGCGCACCGCCAUGCCCGUGCCGGUGCUCAUCGCGCUCCUCCAAGCGCUGCCGCAGCUCGAAGUCCUCACGCUCGACUGCGGCUCGGAAGCAUUCCGCGACGCCCGAUUCCUGCGCGCACUGCAGGACCGCAGCGUGCGGCUCCAGCGACUAGAGUGCGGCGCGUACCACGCCACGUCGGCGUGGUCCAUCUCGCUCGAGUGCGAGCAGUGCUGGCGCGGUGCGGGCCCAAAAGUGCUCGACAAGGUCAAGCUCGCGCUCGACCGCAACAGGGAGCGGAGGAGACGCGAGCGGCGUGCAGCCCUGCGCGUGCUCGUCGUCGCUAGGGUGCUGAUACAUGCGCGCCCGGAGGGAGGGUUCGGUGAGCUCGAGACGCUGCGUGAGCGCCGGCCGCGGCGCGGGUCGUUCGCUCCGGCGUCAAUGCGGAACUCGGUCAUGUCGACAAGUUCACCACGCGACAGCUUCCUCUUCCCGCCGUCGCCGUCGCCCCCGUCCUCGCUUGGUGUCAAGCGCAGUCCGUCGUCUCCCCCAGUGUCCAUGUCGUCGCGCAAGCCGCGACGCAUGUCCCUCCUCUCCCUCCCGCCGAUCCACAGCCCGUUCCACGACGUCGAGCGGAGCGCGACGUCUGUCCCGUCUUCGCCAGUGCGCGCCGAGGGACUGGCGUCGUCACAAGACCUGUCGAUCGACGUUCCGCAGCUGCACAGAUCCAAGUCGUCCCUCUCGCUGAGGGUGAGCAACGCGUUUCACAAGGUCAAGGUGCUCGUGACGCGCUCGGCGCCAAAGGAGAAGGAGAGCAAGGAACAGUCGCCGCAGCCAGCAUCGGUGCCCUCAAGCCGCAGCGAGACGCCCUCGCCUCCUGGCGUAUCAGCACUCCACCGCCUGCCCGUCUCAGUGCGUUUCCGUAUCGCGAGAUUCACAGCCGACGUGACCCACCUCAAUGCUGCGCGCCUGAAUCGCCUACAACGCUACGCCGCGGACCGCACCUCGCUUGGCCGAAUCGCGCAUGCCGUCUCCUCCGCGCAGGAGUGGGAGGUGCCCGAGGCGCAGAUCCGGGACGACUGGCUUGCGUGUGGUGGGUUCUGA